CUCUCCUCGUGAAUAUAAGUUUAAUGUUAAACUUUUCCCUUCAUAAUGGUUCAGCAAUGAGGAAUUUAUUUUUCAUGGGUAUUAUUUUUGGAAUAACCAAUGCUGGGUUUAUAUAUUUUAAUUGGACUUCCUGUAAAAGAGAGGCUGGUAGUUCAGACCGGAACUGUAUUGGGACACGGACUCGAAUAGUACGAUUUGUCAACGACACAACUGGAAGGAUUGUAAAUAAUACAGUUGAAACAGAAUCAUGUAAUCUGACAACGUCUGUUAUAGAUGGUGGAUAUACCACGUGGACUGCAUGGGCUGAUUGUUCAGGAAACUGUAACGGAAAGACAUAUAGGAGUAGGACUUGUCACAAUCCUACACCAUGUAAUGGUGGGAACGAUUGUCAAAUCCUGGGAGCGGAUACACUUGAAAAACAGUGUGGUCCUGUUGAUGGGCAAUGGGGUAGUUGGGAAUCAUGGGAAACUUGCAUUAACCCUAAUCCUGAUCCAUGGGACAUACAUGGAAUUGGUAUUCAUAUACGCCGACGAUAUUGUAACGAUAACGCGCCAAUUUGUGGUGGAGCUGACUGCAUAGGACCGGACACUGAUUCAGAAAACUGCACAGUUAUUACCAAUUUAAGGAUUCUACAUCAUCGUUGGGGUUUCUGUGAACCAGAGGAUGGAGCUAAAGACCAAACAUGUGCUGGGACACGAACUCGACUAGUACAACUUUUCAAUACUAGAACUAGAGAAGUUUUAAAUAAAACAACAGAAACGGAAGCAUGUUUUAUAACAUUGUCUGUUACUGAUGGUGGAUAUACCAUGUGGUCUGCAUGGGCUGAUUGUUCUGGUGACUGUUAUGCAAUGACACACAAGACCCGGAUAUGUAACAACCCUACACCAUGUAAUGGCGGGAAAGAUUGUCAUGACCUCGGCGCGGAUAGACUUGAAAAGCAGUGUGGUCCUGUUGAUGGACAAUGGGGUAGUUGGGGAUCUUGGGGAUCGUGUAGCUAUCCCGGUUCAGCUUCAAUAUACGGAACUGGUACCCAUAUACGCCGACGAUAUUGUAACGAAACUGCGCCAAUGUGUGGCGGAGAUGACUGUAUAGGGCCAAGCACAGAUUCAGGAAACUGCAGAGUGGUUCCUCCAUGUUUGACGCCUAAAAUUCUAGAUGAAAGAUACUUACGAAAAGACUCUCCAAUGGUUAUUUACACAUCAGCUCGCGUAGAAAUUUAUCCAUUAACUAGGAACAAUUGUACCCAAUCAAACAUUCUUUUUAACUUCUGGAAUCUAUUUCUGAUUGAUUCGACAAAUGGAAACGAGACUCAGAUCGGUAACAUGACGUAUACAUUAAAUUUCCGAAUAGAUUCUGAAGCAGGAUUGUACAGAUUAUAUAUAAAGAUAGGAUACCCUCAGAACAUGCUUUACUGGAUGGAAGAAUCAAUGUAUAUACAGAUUGUUCAUCCUCCGCCUCAUGCUUCUAUCAGAGGAGGGGAUGGCAGAACUAUUGGUAAAGGUUUAAUUGACUUUGAUUCGUCUUCAGUCUCUUACAAUUUGAUUAAUGGUCCAGGGGAUCCGUCCGGGUUGACGUUUCAGUGGAAAUGUUUAAAUUUUGUGACUAACUCGCUGUACACGUUGAUUAAGCUGAAUAUUGACCAAUUAAACGCAUUCAACGACCAGAUUACGGAAGAGGAAACAAAAUGGUAUCAGACUGGGUUUACAACAUUUGUUGAGGAACAAGUACCUUGGAUUAAUGCUUCUGUGUUGUACCAACGAAUCAAAUAUUAUGGAAAUACCUAUACCAAUUGUUCCGAUGCUGGUGCGUUUUAUGUCAAAAUCGUCUUCGAUAAUAGCACUGACAGUAACGUGACAACAGAGCAAUAUUUCGAACUUGUCCAACUAACUCAGAUUUUCAAUAUCAAAUAUAUGAAUGACAUGAAAAAGAACCCGAACUCGACAAAAGAUAAAACCGACGUUUUUCCUUUACCGAGUUAUGAUACACUGGUAAAGAAUGAAUUAUUGACAUUUUUAGACGUAUUGUUUGACGCGUCUGAACUACAUUCUUAUACGACAAACUUCUACAGUAUGUUAUCAUCCAGUUACCUUACACUUCAGAGUAUAAUGCAGCUCCAAAAUUUGGACGGACUACCACCGUCGGCAGACACAAAUUUCUUCAAAGAUUUAACAAUAUGGCUCAAGACAGCUAAGCGAGGAAUAGAUAUAUCUUAUCAAAUACAGGAAGUUUUAGAUACUUUUGAUAACUAUCUGAAAUAUGUUAAUCAUGGAUUGAACUUGACAGAUUUCAUUGGUAUAGAUGGUUUUAUUCAAAUGAGCAUAGAUAGUUCGAGAAAUUGUUGGCUAGACUUUCUUACUGAAAUUACAGAAGGAUUUACAGAAAUUAAUUCUUAUGAUUGGUUUGAUAUGAAAGAAAAGGAACGUUUUUAUACAGAUUGGAUUGAAAAUGAACUAUUUAAGUCGAGCUCAUGUCCAGGGUUUGUUGGGUCAGUUAAUGGAACUGGUAGUCUAAACGUGUCUGAGGUGGAUGUAGAUGCUGGCAUGGGAUAUGUGUUGAUUGUUCGAGUUGAUUUUGAAGGAUCUGUAUCUUACUUUACCCAGUUUGCUCAAUCUGUUAACGGAACUCCUCCAUUAAUUGAAGUAGAAUGCAGAUUUAACUGUAUGAAGAAGACAGCUCUGACAUCCAUUAUGUCAUUAAAAUCUUCCUGCCCAUUUUGUACAGUUGACCAACUUCGUGGAGCAAUAUUUUGGUGGAAUGUCAAAGAUUUUGAUACUCUUACCAGAUCAGCUGAUGACAAUAACAAUUGGCAGAACUGGAUGUUGUCAGAAAGAAAUAGGCGACAGUUUGUAAUGAAAGCUGAUGUAUUAACAGCUAAUACUGGUUAUCUUAUAGAGGCUUAUCUACAGCUAUCAACAGGAACUGUGUCAAUGGCAAUUUGGUCAGUCACAACAAAUAUACUUCCGUAUGGUGGAUCAUGUGAGAUUGAAAAUGCAAAUUGGGGAGAAUUCAAAAUAACAGUUUCUAACUGGAAAGACGAAGGCUUCCGAAGUUUGACGAAUCCAUCUCUAGAUUGGAAAGAACAAAUACAUUAUCGCAUAGUUCAAAUAAUAGAAGGAAAAGAAGUCAUACUAUACUAUGGAUUUGAGGAAGAAAACUACGUUACUCUUAAACCGGGAUUAGAAGUUGAUAAUUACACAAUUGCAGUCCGAGUUCAGAUUUUUGACAUAUUCGUUGAUUUUGCUGAGUGUACAGUGGAUCCUGGCAAAGUCUUCCCUAAAUAUACUACAAUGGAUUCGUCAAGUAUAUCGGCAUACCUAACAACAGCUGGAGAAAACAUAGAUUAUUACUAUAAUUCAGGAAAUGUUAAGCAGGUUGCUAUGAAUACUGAAGUUGCAGCGACAUCCGUUACAGAUUUGGUGAGUACUAAAAGAGAAGCUAGAGAUUCCAAAGUGAUAUUUAAACUCAAAUUACCAAUUACUAUAUUCGACACGGACCCUUCUGAUUGGAUAAACCUUGGUGUCGAGACUUCGAGUAAUGGCACAACUGAAAAUUUAACAUUUGAGGAUUUAUGGAAUAGUUAUGAGAAUCCUGAUCUAGGAGAUGUAUUGGCGAACAAUGAAAUCAUGUCGAAACUUUCAAGCUUCGUUGAUACAUUAAAUUCCUCAGCAAAUGCGUUUUAUGGCACAUCCACCGUCAAUAUUAAUCAAAUGGCAAACAGUUUUGGUACAAAUAUCAAUAACAAACAAUUUGUAUCAAAUACAUCUGCUGCUACAGCUUUUAGUGGAAACCAAGACCUUCUAGACAAAUUAAUACUUCUUGCAAAUAAUGAAACAUAUCCUAAAUAUGAAGACUAUCUAUUGGUUUGUGAAGCUGUAUUACGUGUCUUGAACAAUGCUUUAGAAAGCAUGUUACCAGUAUCAUCAGCUGACACACCAGAUAAAAUUGAUCUUCAAAGCAUUAUGGACGUUCUCUCUGACCGAGAAAAAGUUAAUCCACAGUUAGAUAGUGACUUAACGUCAAUGGAAAAAGCAUACAUUGUUUCUAAGAUAGCGACAAGGAAUGAUGCCGAAUUUCAGAGAAGACAGGAAAUGAUGCAAAAAGAAGUUACCAGCUUACUAGAUGCUAUUUCAUCCCUUGGAACUAUACUUGAAAUGUUAAACUAUCGAAAACAACUUCCAGUAUAUGUACAGCAUGGUCAUAUGAACUCAACACAAGAUAAAAAGUAUGUUAAUGAUUUGGUAACCAGUGGAUUUUACAGUGAUGACGUUCGAGUUACCUUUAUUGAAUCAAACACACCUUCGGCAAAAGAACAGAACGUCAAGGUAACUAUUUAUGAUCACACACCGUUUUCCUGGGAUACAGAUUCAAAAUACAUAUCAUCUAAAACUGUGAGCGUAACCAUUGAAGACGAAGACGGCAACAACAACUCGGUCAUACCAUCAGAGAUAAAGAUUAAAAAUUCGGACUUAAAAACACCCAUAAAAUCUGUUCAGAUUGCUAUCAACAACAACGAAGCCACGUCACAAUUGAUCGUGUACAAAUUAUAUUGGAAUAAUCCAGAGGAUAGUUUGAUAUUUUUCAUAGAAAAUGUAGUUUCGGAUCUCAAUCAUAUUUUGUACAUAAGCCAGCAAAACAAUCCUUCAGAGGGGAAUUAUGACUGGAAGAAAACAUUAAAUUCUGGAGACCUAACAUCUGAUAAACUACAAGUCAUUAUUGACGAAAAGUUGUACUUACAACCAACUCUCAUCUAUGUUGGUGUAUUAGUCCAGUCAGAAGGUAAUGGAACCAUAAGCAGAAAGAGACGUUCUGUUAAUGUAUCAACGUCCAUAGUGGAAUAUAGUAUAGUUGGUAUAACCGUUGGAUGUAGAGUCUGGGAUGAUUCCAAACAAACAUGGGACAAGUCAUCAUGUACAAUUUCAAGUGCAUCCACUAUCAACGACACUGUCUGUCUUUGUACGAACCCACCAGGAAAUAGCUUUGCAACAACAUUUUAUGUACCACCAAAUACAAUUGACUUCGGAUCUGUAUUUGCAAACUUUAACUUGAAUGACAAUGCAGCUGUGUUUGUAACUGUCAUUUGUUUGUUAGCUGUUUACAUGCUUCUCUCUGUUUGGGCAUAUAGACAAGACAAAAAGGAUCCAAGUAGGUGGGCAAUUUCUUAUCUAUCUGAUAAUGCUCCAUAUGAUGAGUAUUUGUAUAUAGUAACAGCUUACACUGGAUUACGUCGACAUGCAGGGACCACUUCUAAGAUCCGAUUUAUGUUGGUAGAUGGGGAUGCUUUAAAGAGCAAAAAGGUGAAAACCAACAUCAGAUGUUUAGACGAUUUUAACCACAAGGGUUUUAGUACUGGUAGUGUUAGAAGAUUUGUAAUGAGUAUGUCAAAGCGUAUUAACGACCCAGCAGUGUUGAAGAUUUGGCAUGAUAACAGCGGUAUCGGAAAGCAUGCGUCGUGGUAUCUUAAUAAAAUAACAUUGGAAGAUAUUCAGACUAAAGAAAAGUUUAACUUUGUGUGUAACAAUUGGCUAUCCCUCGAUCAUGAAGAUGGAAACAUAGAAUGCGCCAUUCCUGUCUCAGAUAAAUCUGACACUGAAACAUUUUCGUUUAAUUUCAACGAAAAAUCAAGAGAAAAUGUUACUGAUAGUUAUUUGUGGUUAUCAGUACUCUUACGACCAGAAUCGGGUGUAUUUACAAGGAUCCAAAGACUGGCAUGCUGUCUCACUUUGUUAUUUCUAACUAUGAUUACCAAUGCUAUGUUUUAUGGACAAGACAACGGAAGUAAAUUAUCAAUUGGACCUCUAAGCUUCUCUACGACAGGGUUUUACAUUUCGUUUAUUAGCGUUUUGAUUGCAGCGCCCCCGAUAUUUCUUAUAACGUACCUGUUCAGGAAUUCUAGACAAGGCUUGAAAAACACAAUUAAGAGAAACAAAGAAGAAUAUAAAACAACGUCGGACCUUCGAUUUCCUUUUACAGGUGUAUUGAUAGCUUGGAUAUUGAUAUUUAUAGCGGUGUUCCUCUCAGGAUUUUUUCUCAUAUUAUAUAGUAUGGAAUGGGGAAAAUCAAAAUCAGAAGAAUGGCUGUUGUGUUUCUUUUUGUCGUUUUUUCAAUCUAUAUUUCUGAUAGACCCACUAAAAAUUAUAAUUAUGUCAAUCAUCCUCUCGUGGAUUGUUCAACCACGUGACAGAAACGCCAACUAUAAUAUAGACAUGCUUCGGUCAGAAACAAAGAAACAUGCCAUAUCGGCAGUGAUGAAUUGGGAUUAUAACGACGUUAUUGAACCGGCUGUGAAUCCUCUAAGACCGGAGCAUGUACAGAAACUGAGGAAGAAGCGCCAACUUCUUAUGCAAAGCAAAAAUACUAUAACAGAGUUGAUUUUAUAUGUGUUAUUUCUGGCCAUUUUGUACGUCAUCAGUUUUAGUAAUAGAGAUCCAUUUUGGUAUUAUUCUAAAGAACAUAUUGAUCAACAGAUUAUAACAGAAACCAAUGUUACAAAAACAGAUGGACCAAUCAAAUUCAGUCAGGUAUCAACAGGCGAACAGUUAUAUGCAUUCAUCAGUUCUACUUUACUACCAUUCAUGUUUCCAAAACUCUCUAUUAAUAAUGUUGGAUUAAAUGCAUAUGCAAGAUUAUUCACACAAGAUCAAAUACAUUUUAAAGUAGGACCGGUGAGACUGAGACAGCUACGAGUCAAAGAAGAUUCUUGUCCUGAGUCCGUCUUGUUGAACGUUACAACCCAAUGUUAUGAUAAAUAUUCGCUGGUAGCCGAGGAUGAAGACAGUUAUUGUGUUGGGUGGAAAGGUCCACCGUGUGCAGCUGACGAAUCAGUGUACAAAAUAUCGUCUGCUUCGUGGAAACACGUGUCAUCUUCAGAUAUAUGGGGUCUCCCAAUUACGGGAAAGCAUGCUGUCUACGGUGGAGGCGGGUUUAUAGCUGACUUGAAUGUAAACCUGCAGAUAUCCAAUCAAAUGAUUGAGGAAAUAUUAAAAUAUUCAUGGAUUGAUCGCCAGACACGAGCUAUUUUCAUUGAGUUUACACUGUUUAAUGCAGACGAGAAUGUGUUUAUACAUAUAACUUUAUUGAAUGAGUUUCCAGAAACUGGAGGAGUAUUAACAUCACAUGUUAUUAAACAGUUUAGACCUUAUCAACAUGUCGAACCCAUACUUGGUCGCUUGUAUUAUUUCAUGUUUGUGGUUUUUCUGUUAUGGGUCAUAAUGACAAUGCUGAACGCAACUUUAAAUGUUGGAAUAUCUAAAGCGAAAACCAACUUUAUAAAAAAAUCUUCAGUUCUUAAUGCUAAACAUAUGUGGAGUUUAGUUGCGGAAGCGAUAGAAGUCUUCAUUCCAUUUGACUUGCAACGUAAGAAAAGAGCUAACCUUAAUCCAUAUAAAGUAACAAAGGAUGCAUCGUUUAUAGCUGAAGAGAUUAUACAAGAAAAUCGAGAACCGGUUAUAUAUUUUGAUAACUAUUAG